CACACACACACACACACACACACACACACUGAUGAAAGACGAGAAGCUGUGUCGGUUAAAUGAAUGGGAUGAAAAUGCAGCUUUAACUGAAGCACAAAACUGUUUUUCUACACAGACCUGCUCAGGACUCAACAGAGCUGCAGAGUGAUGAAGUUCAUGAGAAAAGUUCAGUGGAGCUCUGACUCGUUCCAGGAAACAGCUCACCUGUGGCAAACACUUUUCUGACAGACGUGGAGUGGAGAGUCUUUGUCUUCAGCAGUUUGGAUGUUAACUGUGGAGCUCUGACUCGUUCCAGGAAACAGCUCACCUGUGGCAAACACUUUUCUGACAGACGUGGAGUGGAGAGUCUUUGUCUUCAGCAGUUUGGAUGUUAACUGUUUAGUGUUUCAGUGUGACAGCAGCCUGCAGACACAGAGGACUGAUGAAGCUCUCAGAUGAAUAAAGCUCUUUUUCUAAACAGACCUGGUCCAGACAGCAGAGAGCUGCAGAGAGACCACGUUCAUGGGAAGAAGUUGAGUGCUGCAGGUUACCAACAUGGAAAGGUGGAGCUCUGACUCGUUCCAGGAAACAGCUCACCUGUGGCAAACACUUUUCUGACAGACGUGGAGUGGAGAGUCUUUGUCUUCAGCAGUUUGGAUGUUAACUAUUGAACUGGUUUAACUGGUUUCUAUGUGGUUUUGGUGGGUACCUGCUCUGUGGGACUGAGGACUGAACAGACACGACGACGGCUGGCUUGACAAUCUUAAAUAUAUAAAACCUGGUGGAGCUCUGACUCGUUCCAGGAAACAGCUCACCUGUGGCAAACACUUUUCUGACAGACGUGGAGUGGAGAGUCUUUGUCUUCAGCAGUUUGGAUGUUAACUGUCAUUAAAGAUGGACGACGGUGCGAGCUCUCCUGCGACUCAGAUCUUAGCAGGACAAAAGAUGGCGACACCUACAAAGGUCCUCUUGGAGUGUUUGGAGGAUUUGCGAGCUGAUGACUUUAAAAAAUUCAAGUGGUACCUGUAUCAGCGUGGGGAGCUUGAAGGCUUCAAAACAAUCCCAGAGAGUCGACUGGAAAAUGCAGACAGAAUGGACACAGUGGAUCUGAUGGUCAAGAACUACUGUAUUAACACUAUUAAAGUGACCAGAAUGGUUUUGGGGAAGAUCAAUAGGAAUGAUCUAUUGGAACGUUUGUCAAAUACCAUCUCAGAUCCUUCAGAGGCUUUUGUCAAAUGUCAACACAUAUUCAAAACCAAACUGAAGGAAAGGUUUCGGAAAGUGUUUGAAGGAAUUGCAAAAGCAGGAAACCCAACCCUUCUGAAUCAGAUCUACACAGAGCUCUACAUCACAGAGGGAGGGACUGCAGAGGUCAAUGAUGAACAUGAGGUCAGACAGAUUGAAACAGCAUCCAGGAAAACAGACAGACCAGAAACAACAAUCAGACAAGAAGACAUCUUUAAAGCCUCACCUGGGACAGACGAACCAAUCAGAAAAGUGAUGACAAUGGGAGUGGCUGGCAUUGGGAAAACAGUCUUAACACGGAAGUUCACUCUGGACUGGGCUGAAGACAAAGCCAACCAGGACAUACAGUUCACAUUUCCAUUCACUUUCAGAGAGCUGAAUGUGCAGAAAGAGAAAAAGUACAGCUUGGUGGAACUUGUUCAUGACUUCUUUACUGACACCAAAGAAGCAGGAAUCUGCGGGUUUGAAGAGUUCCAGGUUCUGUUCAUCUUUGACGGUCUGGAUGAGUGUCGCCCUCCUCUGGACUUCCACAACACUAAGAUCCUGACUGAUGUUACAGAGUCCACCUCAGUGGAUGUGCUGCUGACAAACCUCAUCAGGGGGAACCUGCUUCCCUCUGCUCGCCUCUGGAUAACCACACGACCUGCAGCAGCCAAUCAGAUCCCUCCUGAGUGUGUCGAUAGGGUGACAGAGGUCAGAGGGUUCACUGACCCACAGAAGGAGGAGUACUUCAGGAAGCGAUUCAGUGAUAAGAAGCAGGCUAGCACCAUCAUCUCCCACAUCAAGACAUCACGAAGCCUCCACAUCAUGUGCCACAUCCCAGUCUUCUGCUGGAUCACUGCUACAGUUCUGGAGCAUGUGUUGAAAAGAAGAGAGGAAAGAGAGCUGCCCAAGACCCUGACUGAGAUGUAUGUUCGCCUCAUGGUGCUUCAGUCCAAACUGAAGAAUGUCAAGUAUGAUGGGGGAGCUGUAACAGAUCCACACUGGAGUCCAGAGAGCAGGAAGAUGAUUGAGUCUCUGGGGAAACUGGCUUUUGAGCAGCUGCAGAAAGGCAACCUGAUCUUCUAUGACUCAGACCUGACAGAGUGUGGCAUCGAUAUCGGGGCAGCCUCAGUGUGCUCAGGAGUGUUCACACAGAUCUUUAAAGAGGAGGACUGUGGGAUGUUUCCAGAAACAGUGUUCUGCUUCAUCCAUCUGAGUGUUCAGGAGUUUCUGGCUGCUCUUCAUGUCCAUCUGACAUUCAUCAACUCUGGAGUCAAUCUGCUGGCAGAAGAACAAACAACAUCCAGGUGGUCUGAAGUGUUCGGAGGCAAAUCAACACGUUUCUACGAGAGUGCUGUGGACGAGGCCUUGAAGAGUCCAAAUGGACACCUGGACUUAUUCCUCCGCUUCCUCCUGGGUCUUUCUCUGCAAACCAAUAAGACUCUCCUACAAGGUUUGAUGACAAGAAGUAGGUCACAGACCAAUCAGGAAACAGUCGAGUACAUCAAGAAGAAGAUCAGUGAGGAUCUGUCUGCAGAGAGAAGCAUCAAUCUGUUCCACUGUCUGAAUGAACUGAAUGAUCGUACUCUGGUGCAGGAAAUCCAACAGUCCCUGAGAUCAGGAAGUCUCUCCACAGAUAAAUUGUCUCCUGCUCAGUGGUCAGCUCUGGUCUUCAUCUUACUGUCAUCAGAAAAAGAUCUGGAUGUUUUUGACCUGAAGAAAUACUCUGCUUCAGAGGAGGCUCUUCUGAGGCUGCUGCCAGUGAUCAAAGCCUCUAACAAAGCUCUGCUGAGUGGCUGUAACCUCUCAGAGAGAAGCUGUGCAGCUCUGUCCUCAGUUCUCAGCUCCCAGUCCUCUAGUCUGAGAGAGCUUGACCUCAGUAACAACAACCUGCAGGAUUCAGGACUGAAGCAACUGUCUGCUGGACUGGAGAGUCUACACCGUACACUGGAAAAUCUCAGGCUGAGUGGCUGUAACCUCUCAGAGAGAAGCUGUGCAGCUCUGUCCUCAGUUCUCAGCUCCCAGUCCUCUAGUCUGAGAGAGCUUGACCUCAGUAACAACAACCUGCAGGAUUCAGGACUGAAGCAACUGUCUGCUGGACUGGAGAGUCUACACCGUACACUGGAAAAUCUCAGGCUGAGUGGCUGUAACCUCUCAGAGAGAAGCUGUGCAGCUCUGUCCUCAGUUCUCAGCUCCCAGUCCUCUAGUCUGAGAGAGCUUGACCUCAGUAACAACAACCUGCAGGAUUCAGGACUGAAGCAACUGUCUGCUGGACUGGAGAGUCUACACCGUACACUGGAAAAUCUCAGGCUGAGUGGCUGUAACCUCUCAGAGAGAAGCUGUGCAGCUCUGUCCUCAGUUCUCAGCUCCCAGUCCUCUAGUCUGAGAGAGCUUGACCUCAGUAACAACAACCUGCAGGAUUCAGGACUGAAGCAACUGUCUGCUGGACUGGAGAGUCCACACUGUACACUUGAAAAUCUCAGCCUGUCAGGAUGUCUGAUCACAGAGGAAGGCUGUGCUUCUCUGGCCUCAGCUCUGAGCUCCAACCCCUCCCAUCUGAGAGAGCUGGAUGUGAGCUACAAUCAUCCAGGAGCCUCAGGAGAGAAGCUGCUGUCUGCUGGACUGAAGGAUCCACACUGGAGACUGGAGACUCUCAGGUCUGUGAUAGCGUACCGGGACACCAGGCAACACUUCUCCUUGACAGACCAGCUAGUCAGAGGCAGCUCGCUGCAGGGGCAGGUUUGAACAGUACGACGGGGCGUUUCCUGAAGAUGCACUGAGCAACGGCACGAAGGCCGAUCCAACGCUCAAUGGAAGCGAGCUGAAGACAGCUGAGUCUCAUCAUCAAAGCCUGUCGUGGUGCUGUGGACCUUUUCAUCUCCACACCCAUGACCCAUGACCACGGUGGAAGCUGAGAGCCGCUUCUCAACCUUGAAGAGGAUUCAAACCUUUCUCAGAAACACCCGGGAGAGGCUGAAUGCAUAUUUGGUCGUAGCGUCAGUGGAAAAGAGACUCGGCCGACCGACUUGAGCCAGAAAGUCAUUGAGAAGAACAAACUUUAUGUUCAAGAAGUGUUCAGGCAACAUUACAGUGUUGUGUUGUUUUUAGAUUUGUUUACUUUUUCUUUUCUUUUUUUGCUGAGCCAUGAAGUGCUGCUUCAGUUUGUCCCCCCAUAUUUCUAUCACCAGCUGCCACUGUAUGGAAUUCAACACACGAGCCGAUCAAUAACACUGAUGUUCGUACUGUAAUGUACAGAACACAAAAAUAACUCCACCAGAGAUCGGCUGACGGUUUAUUGGUCGACAAGUGAGGCUGCUUUCAGUCUUCAUGGAUCUUUGAUUAGCAAACUCCUGAUGUGUUUUUAAAGGAAAUAUCUUUUUAAUAUGACUGUCAGCUCUUAAAUUUAUAUCUUUGUUGUCUUCAUCGUUUUUUUUCCUGUUGGUUUGGUUAAUAUCGUUUUAUUAUAUUGUUAUCAUACGUUUUAUUUAUUAUUUACAUUUUUAUUGUUGGUCUAACAUUGAAAUGAAGUUGAAAUAAUGCAGAAAUGUCCUCACUACGACGGUUUAAGGCUAAAAUGAAAUAUAAGCCGAUACACACAAAAGAAAAGAUAUUUAAGAUUUGAAAGUGUCUCUGAAUAUAAAAGAUGAAGUCCCAAACUCUAGGUAGUGACACGUUCAGAAAAACAUCUAUAUGUAGUAUUAUUGAUUUGCAAACAUGGAGGGUUUAAAUGUUGCAAAGAGAAAAUGCAGUCAGCUGUUACACUGGCGCCCCCCGGAGGCCAUAAUGUCCAUUACACACCAGUAAACUUUAAUGGGUCAGAAAUGGUCUUCUGCCAUGUUAGCAGCUCAACACAAGUUGCUGACAAAACUCCAAACAUUUUUACCACAACUGUGAGUCAGUUUGACAAGGCGUGGUGGCCGAGCGGUAAG